CUAUAUAUAAUCCCAAGUUCUAAAUAACAAAGUCAUAAGUUCCCAAACAAACAAAAAAACAUGUAUGCUUCUACUUCCUUUACUUCACAGCUUGAGUUUCUUGUGGAAUCCCACACAAGAAGGCUACUCUACCAAGGCCCAAUUGAUCAUCAAUCACUAACCAACUCUGCUGUUCUCACACACAACAGUUCAACAAAUUCAUAUUUUGGUAUUAGCGAAACUGAAGCAAAUGUUGUGAUGAUACUUGCAGUCCUAUUGUGUGCUCUUAUUUGCUCACUUGCAUUAAACUCCAUCAUAAGGUGUGCUUUAAGGUUUUCAAACGUAGCCAUCAACAACAGCUCUUCACCUCAAUUGGCCAACAAAGGAAUCAAGAAGAAAGCUCUCAAAACAUUCCCAACAGUGAGUUAUUCAACUGACCUGAAAUUACCAAGUUUGGAUACGGAGUGUGUCAUAUGUCUCUCGGAAUUUACAAAGGAUGAAAAGGUGCGGAUUUUGCCUAAAUGCAACCAUGGUUUUCAUGUUUGUUGCAUUGACAAAUGGUUAAAGGAACACUCAUCAUGCCCCAAGUGCAGACAGUGCCUUCUUGAGACUUGUCGAAAGAUUGUUGGAUCGGACGCACCACCACCUAUGUUGCCGAUGCCAGAAACUAUUAUAACAAUUCAACCAUUAAACCGUGAAGCUGUUGCGCUUAGCUAUAGGGAAGAAAGCAGAUAAAUUUUCAUUACAGUUUGAAACAUUUAGUUGCUUUAGGUUGUGCCCAAAUGUAAAUAUACGAUAGUUAAAAUGAUCAGUGCUAUUGUUUUACAACAACAUUCUGCAAUAGUAAUUAUUUGAACCAAAAAUAUGAAUGCUUUCAAAAGAAUUUUUUAA